UCUAUAAAAGCUUUACCUUUUCAUUAGGUAUUGAUGGUCAUCAUGGUCUUGGGUCCUGUUUUUGAAUCCAUCGAUUCUAUAUUGUGGUUGUGGUUGGAGAUUUGAGGUGAAAAUUUACGUUUUUUUUCCUCUGGGUUUUGAGCCGUCACAUUCUCUGUUAUUGUAGCUUUAAACUUUUCUAUAGAUAGUUUUUCUUGGAUUGAAACUGUUAUAAUUUUGCUUUGCUUUUAUGGAAGUAUACAUUUUUCUUUUGCUAUUUUCGGUUCUGUUCUUGGAUCCUUCUAGGAGUCAGAUUUUGGAACCUGGUCUUAGGACUAUUACAAUAGUUUUCCCCUAUAGUUUUCUAAAAUUGACCUAUUAAAUUGAAUAUGGAUACUAUAAACGCUUCAUUGAAAAAUUUGGAGAAUUCUGAUCAAUUUACCAUCGUGAAUGGCACCCAGUCAAAAUAGGCCCAUGGCUCAAAAAAGUUACUCCUACAAAGGUAUCUGAAAAGCAGAAGUAGAAAAAGGAAGUUGUUCCUUAUAUUUUUCCAAGAACCAAAUAGAACAAUAUAUGAAGCAGAUGGUAUUAUCAGAAAUUUGUAACUUGAAGAAGAGAUUGCAGUUCCGACUGCAUCAGAGAUUGUAUUUUGCAUCAAAAGCAAUCCUUCAUGGCGAUGAUUCACUGUAUGCUGACGUACCAAAGCCCCAACAUAAAAAGGCAGAGAGGAAGCCAUAUCCAACGUCGAUGAAGGUUCUGAUUGCUAGGGCAAAAAAGGAGAGAGAAGCCCGAAAGGCUCAACCUUGUAGAAUGCUCGAAGACCCACCUGACAAUGGGUUAUUGGUUCCUGAGCUCGUAGAGGUGGCGCACCAUGUCUACCGUGCCCGACAUUCCCUCCUCUUUGGCCUUUCAAAACUUGUCCAACUCAUUCCUCUUCAACGCUGCAGGUACUGCUCUGAAGUACAUGUUGGUUGUGUUGGCCAUGAAAUCCGAACCUGCACUGCUCCCAAGAGUGGUUUUCGAAAUGCUACUCAUGUUUGGAGAAAGGGUGGAGUCCAUGACUUGAUUUUUUUCCCCAAAAGCUUUCAUCUUUAUGACCGUGUUGGGAAACCAAGGGUUGUGCAUGAUGAGAGGUAUAACGUACCGCGAAUCCCAGCCAUUGUAGAGCUUUGUAUACAAGCUGGUCUUGACCUUGAAAAAUACCCUACGAGGAGAAGAACGAAACCUGUGUAUAGUAUCGAAGGAAGAAUUGUGGAUUUCGAGUCAAUGAUAGAAAAUGAUGGACUGGGAAGAAAUGUGUAUUCUAAGGAAAAUGAUGUUGUGGUAGAUUCCAAUUUGAGGACCAACAUAGGGGAAAUGACAAAAAACUCAAUGUCAGAGAAUGCUAGUAAUCUUCUGGAUCAAUUGUACGAUGAUGGGAAAAAUUUAAAGGAGUUGAGCAUCAGAACAAUGGAUUCAUGGUUUGAGAUGAUAUCGGGAGUGAAGAUGAUGAUGGAGAGGUACAAUGUAAUGACUUGUGGAUACUGUCCUGAGGUUCAGGUAGGUCCAAAAGGGCACAAAGUGAGGAUUUGCAAGGCAUCAAAGCACCAAUCUCGUAAUGGUUUGCAUGCGUGGCAAGAAGCAACGAUAGAUGAUCUUGUGGGUCCCAAUUAUGUUUGGCAUGUUAGAGAUCCAGAUGGGCCUGACUUGGAUAACAACUUGAAGAGGUAUUAUGGUAAAGCUCCAGCUGUGGUGGAGCUGUGUGUGCAAGCAGGUGCACCUGUUCCAGAUCAGUAUAGGAGUAUGAUGAGAUUAGAUGUGGUUCUGCCUGAGCGUGAUGAGGUUGAUCUUGUUGCUUGAGAAAGUGUUUUUUGAUUCAGAUGGUUUGCAAAUGUUAAUGGUGCUCGAGAAAGGUGUUUCUUUAUACAGAUGGUUUACAAAUGUUGAUGAAUUUGCCCGCCUUUAUGCAUUUCUAUAUUCCACUUGUUUUACUAUGGGUCCCUGCCCUGCAGUGAUUUUCAAUGCCCUCAUAAUUUGGGGCAAUCCUUGGAUGUGAUUUAAGUUAGUGUUGAAAUUCUUAAUAUUGGAGGAAAUUGGACAGCAUAAUAUGU